GUUUGAAGACGCGAAGCAAAAAGGUCAAAAUGUUUAUAUUAUUUUUGAAAAGGGAGGUGCUGAGAUCUCCUUUCCGCCUGAUUGGCCGAACUUGACAGUGAUUGACGUGCAUCCAUGGCAACCGGGCAGCCAAUCUGCCAAGUCCAAUAGGAAAUCAUCGGAGGGGGCUUGACUGUCUUUUUCUCCCCCCUUAAAAAAUACAUCUCGGCUCCAGCUUUAAUUCUUUCGUACUUUCAAUCCCAGCCUACCUUGAAAAAUACAUCGUGGCUCCGGCUUUAAUUUGUCUUGCACCUUCAGCCCUUUGCCCGCCGAAGUUUGCCAAGCCCGAGGAUGCGGUAGCCGGCCCCCACGCAGCAUCGUUCCUCCUCCGCGGCGUUUGGCGUUUGCGUUUUCCACGGCUGGUCAGACGAUUGGUUCGGUAACUUUGGGAUUGCCUUGUUUUUUGGGUGCCUUGGACUGCCUUGGCGCACGGGAAAGAAGAAGCGGAGGAGUCGACGCGGAGGAGAGAGAGAGAGAGAGAGGAGAGAGGAGAAAGGAGGGGGAGAGAGGGAAACACAGGAGAAGCCUCCAUGUUUCAGCUGCCCAUCUUGAAUUUCAGCCCCCAGCAGGUCGCCGGGGUCUGCGAGACUCUGGAGGAGAGCGGGGACGUCGAGCGCCUCGGCCGCUUCCUCUGGUCGCUGCCCGUCGCGCCAGCGGCCUGCGAGGUCCUCAACAAGAACGAGUCGGUGUUGAGGGCCCGGGCCGUCGUCGCCUUUCACACCGGCAAUUUCCGCGAACUUUACCACAUCCUGGAGAACCACAAGUUCACCAAAGAGUCGCACACAAAGCUGCAGGCGCUGUGGCUCGAAGCGCACUACCAGGAGGCUGAGAAGCUGCGGGGACGCCCGCUGGGGCCGGUGGACAAAUACAGGGUGCGGAAGAAGUUCCCCCUACCCAGAACCAUUUGGGAUGGAGAGCAGAAAACCCACUGCUUCAAGGAGAGAACCCGGCACUUGUUAAGAGAAUGGUAUUUGCAGGAUCCGUACCCGAAUCCCAGUAAAAAGAGGGAGCUUGCACAGGCUACAGGACUUACACCCACACAAGUAGGAAACUGGUUCAAAAAUCGCAGACAAAGAGACAGAGCGGCGGCUGCGAAGAACAGGCUCCAGCAGCAGGUUCUGUCCGGCGGCUCGGUUCGCUCCCUGGCGGACGAGGACGGCACCGUGGACCGCCUGGGGAACUCGUCCAGUCCGGAGGCCAGUCUGUCCAGCAAAGCAGCAGCCUCGGCCAUCUCCAUCACCUCCAGCGACAGUGAAUGUGACAUCUGACGGGCAGAUCGAGGGUGUUGAUGAAUUUAAAGGGGGAUACGACUGAAAGACAAUCUAAUAAAACAAGUCAUAGUGCCUGCAUUGAGUUAUAAAAACACACACAUACACAGACACACACACACACAAACUGAUAUUUGACGGGUGCCAAAACAUGAUGGGAUCUGUUAUCUGCGGCGGACUGCCCGUCCUUAUCCUUUUAGGCCUACUUUUUUUGUUUUGUUUGCGUUUUACCCACGUGUGGAUAACUGAACUUUAAUAUGGACGAAACAUAUUUGACGGACUAAUAAACCAACGCCCCGAGAUGAAAAGUAAAAUAAAAAAAACAAGAAGAAGGAAAAAAAAAAAAGGGAUGAUGGCAUCCGAGCGCCUAACCUGCUGUUCUCUGUGGGUAUUUCAUGUUGAAAAAGAACUGUGAUAUUUUUACUUUACUUUCAAAGUUUUAUAAAUAAUGUUUAUUUGCCUAUUUAAAAAAAAAAAAAAACGAUCUGCUCUGUCUCUUCGAAUUUCAUAUUCAUUUGCUUGGUGUUUUUAAUACUUACCUUGUACACAGGUGAACCUGUUGAGCAUGCGCGCUUUAGUGAAAAUGUGUUUCAGUAAAAGGAAAAAAAAAGAAGAAAAAAAGUAAAGAUAACUUAAUAAAAAUAAUUGUUGAUCAAGAGAAUAUAAAGUUUAGUCUAUUUUUUUUAUUGCUGUAAUGAAGUGAUGAACACAGUUGUAAAAUAUUAAUAUUCUUAUAUAAAAGCUCUCUUUCCGCUGUUUUCAUGCGGAGGAAACUUUUCGUGAUUAUAACGCCUUAGUGCUGUAUUCCCUGACACGUUUUUAGAGCGAGGCUUAAUUGGCCAACGUGCUUUGCGUCCUCUAAUGCAGGGUGACAGCGAGAGGUCACAGAGAGGCCGACUCACUAACCCGGAUGAUCUGCGAGAGAGAUCAUAGAGAUCAAAACACAGCAGAUUGUGGAAAUAGGCUUUAUUCUGCCCGUGGAGGAGGACAGACCGUGUAGAAACAGACUUCUUAAAUCUCCCAAGUGUCCAUUUUCCCAAGAGUUUAAUUCAGUAAACAGGCCGUGCAUGGUGUAAAUGUGCUCCUUAAAUGAGCACGGAAAAAGGGCUGCAGCCCCCACUUAUGACAGGUUUAUUUUGGCUUAAUAUCUUUUUUUGUGUACCAUUUAAUGUUAAAAUACAAAUUAUAUCUGU